GUCUCAAUUAUUAAUUCUUCAGACUUGACCUUUAUCCAGAACUUCACGGGUGAGCAGAUGGCGUCUUAUUUUGGGUACACUGUUGCAGUAUCUGAUGUUAACAAUGAUGGUUUAGAUGAUAUCUUAGUUGGCGCUCCUCUCUUUAUGGAACGAGAAUUUGAAAGCAAACCUAAAGAAGUUGGGCAAGUUUAUUUAUACCUGCAAGAAAGUGCUUUUCUCUUCCGAGAUGCACAAAUUUUGACAGGCACUGAAGUGUUUGGUAGAUUUGGCAGUGCAAUCACACACCUUGGAGAUCUCAAUCAAGAUGGAUAUAACGACAUUGCUAUUGGUGCACCAUUUGCAGGAGAGGACAGAAGAGGGAAAGUGCUCAUUUAUAAUGGAUACAGUAAUGGGUUAAAUACUAACCCUUCCCAGGUUCUCAGUGGAGCCUGGGCCUCACAGUCCAUGCCUUCAGGAUUUGGCUUCACUCUAAGAGGAGACUCAGAUGUUGACAAGAAUGAUUACCCAGAUUUAAUUGUAGGUGCAUUCGGAGCUGGAAAAGCAGUUGUUUACAGAGCCAGACCUGUUGUGACAGUGAAUGCUCAGCUCAUUCUGAACCCCAUGAUUGUGAAUCCAGACAAUAAAACGUGUCUGCUCCCUGGCUCUCAGCUUUUGGUGGCCUGCUUUACUGUAAGAGUCUGCGCAGACUUUGAAGGUCAAAGUAUUUCAGAUGAGAUAGUGCUGAAAGGUGAAUUGCAAUUAGAUUCAUUGAAACAGAAAGGAGCUGUUAAGAGGACCCUCUUUGUUGAUUACCAUCAGUCACAUCAUUACUUCUCCAUUGCAAUAGAAAGACAGAAACAGCUCUAUUGCCACGACUUUCUUGUUUAUCUCAGAGAUGAAACAGAAUUUAGAGAUAAAUUAUCUCCCAUAAAUAUAAACUUGAAUUAUAGUUUGGAUGAAUCCAAUUUUGAAGAUAGCUUGACUGUGAAGCCAGUACUGAACUAUUACCAGAAAAGAUCAGUGACAGAACAGGCUUACAUUCUGGUUGACUGUGGGGAGGACAACUUGUGCAUUCCUGACUUGCAGCUUUCUGCUGUGCCAGAUAAAGAUCAGCUAAUAAUUGGUGAAGAAAACUGUGUCACGCUCAUAAUAAAUCCAAGGAAUGAUGGGGAAGGAGCCUAUGAAGCUGAGCUACUUAUAAAGAUUCCACCUGAAGCAGAUUACACUGGCGUUGAACGCAACAAGAAGGCACUGCGUGUAUUGAGCUGUGAUUACAAGAUGGAAAAUGAAACUAGAAUGGUGGUUUGUGAUCUUGGGAACCCCAUGGUGGCUGGCGCAAAUUUCUCUACAGGCAUCCGAUUUUCUGUUCAGCAUUUUGAAAAUGCAGAUUUCAGCAUCAAUUUUGAGCUGCAAAUAAAAAGUUCUAAUAAGAUUAAUCCUACCAGCAAUUUGGUUAACCUCCAUAUCAACAUCAGUGCUAUGGCUCAAGUACAGAUCAGAGGAGUGUCUCACCCUCCAACAAUUAUUUUGCCACUUCACAACUGGGAACCCAAAGAUGAACCUACAAAAGAAGAAGAACUUGGUCCAUUAGUAGAACACAUCUAUGAG